AUGGCGCGCUUUUUGAACACAGUCGGGUCGCACCGCAUGGAGUCGGCCUGCUUGCGAGCGGGCUGGGGCACCCGCGCGGGGCUUCCCCGCGCGGUUCGGCGCCGCGCGACGACGACGUCGUCGUCCGCGAUCCCCCGCGCGCUCCUCGGGCCGUCGACGAGCGCGUCACGCAAACCCACGACGGCACGGUCGGCGCACGCGUCUGCGUCCUCGGACGACGUCUCCGGCGUCUCCGGCUCCACCGCCGCGAUGGACGCGACGGACGCGAACGGAUCCGCGGCUCAGAACAACGCCAUCGCGAACGGGUCCGCGCGCAACGGCGGGGUCCCGUCCUACGCGGACUGGUGGACCCGCGCCGACGCCGUGGCGGCGGCUCGCGUCGCCGCGGAGAAGGAUUUCGACUGCGACGAGUACGAGCUGGAGCAGGCGAUGCGAUCGCUGGCGCCCGCGGACGCGGCGAGCCCUUGGUGGGAGGUGAUCGAGCUCGCCGCGACGUUCGGCGCGGCCGGCGGGGGCAUCGCGGCGGUGCUCAUGCAGGAGGCGGCGGUCGCCGCCCUCGUCGCGGCGCUUCCGCUCGUCGCCGCGGGCGCGAGGAACCGCAAGGAUCGCGUCAGAUCCCGAGUCGCGGCGGAGCGCCUCGUGGAGCUGCGCGAGGAGACGCGCGCGAUGGCGCGCAAGGCGCGGCGCGACGUCGCCGUUGACGAUGCGGCGUCCCGCGCGGCGAACGCGGUGGUCCCGCGCGUCUCCGACGUCGUCGCGGGCGCCGUCUCCGGCGUCCGCAACGAGAUCCGCUCCGAUCUCAACGACGUCGCCAUCAAAUCCAUCGCGCUGGAGGAGCGAAUGAGGGCGCUCGAGGCGGCCGUCGCCGAACAGACCAGCUCCGCGAGGGCAUCCGCCCGGGAGGCCGGCGCCGUCGCGGGGAUGCUGGCGAGGGACGUCGCCGCCGCGAGGGUGGACGCGAGGGAAGGGGUCGAAACCAUCGAGCGAGAGCUGCGAAGGGCGACUGACGCGCUGACAGAGUCAGCCGCGGAUGCCAAGGGCGAGGUGAUGAAGGAGCUGAACGUGCUGUGGCAGCUCAUGGAGUCCAUCGAGCGCGAAGCAGAGGGGAUGCGCGGCGAUGAGGCGACGGCGGCGGAGGGAAGCCAGCUGUCAAGCCAGCUGUCGGGGCUGAUGGAGGAGGUGAGAGCGUCGGCGGAGGCGGCGAGAGCGUCGGCGGAGGCGGCGAGAGCCGAGCGACUGGAGCUGGUGAGGGACGCCGCGAAGGAGGCGCUCGAGGCGUACAGGGGUGCCGACAGGGGUGCCGAGGGUGUCGCCUCGUCGUCGUCCGCUCGGGUGGACGAGGAGCGACUCGCCGCCGCGCUCGACGAGAUUCUCGCCAAACUCAAAUCAAACCAAGAUCUCGUCCCCGGCUUGCCAGGCGUCGGGGCCGUCUCGGGGGUGACCGUCACCGCGAAGCUCGACGCCGAGCAGUGGACCCUCCUCGGCGAGCGCCUGACGCAGCUGGAGCAGGCGUCCAAGGAAGCCGCGGAGGAGGCUGCGCAGUACACCGGUAAAGCCGUGGGUCGAAUGCGAGCGGGUGUUCGGGAAGACCUCAUGGGCGUCAGCGAGACCCUCGCGAACAUCGCCACCAGCGCGGCGAUGGCUAACAUAGCGGCGGAGCGCGCGCGGGCCGCCGGGCGGGCGCCGGCGAACGCAAAGGCGGCGCCGGACGACGCGGGUGAGGACGUCGGGGCGUCGGAGUACGCAUCGGAGUUUGUAUCGGCGAACGACGUGAAAGACUUUUUACCCGAGCCCGACGACGACGACGCGGACGGCGUCAUCGACGAGAUCUUCGGGAUCGGGGCGAGCGACCCGUUCGAGGACGGCACCCCGUUCGAGUUCGAGAGCUUGCGGCGCGAGGAGGUCUUCAUCGGACGCGACGAGGCGGCCAAAAAGUCGGAAACGUUGAAGACGAAGUUUGACGCGGUCGAGAAGAUGGCCGGGAGAAACAACGGCGGCCGCGCGCCCGGCGGCGACGACGACGACGGGGAGAAGAGGACCCCGAUCAACGCGCGCGAGGGCGUGACGCAGGAGGCUGCAUUCGACAACAUGCAGCGGCUCCUCGCGAGACGCGCCGAGAGGGACGGGGACGCGAAGGGGACGAAGAAGGACGAGGAUGUUCGGGGCGGGAUCGGGGCGACGCCCGCCGCAUCGUUUGAGGACACCGCCGCCGCGAGGUCGUUCGAGGCUGGCAAGGAGGCGGCGCGGCGUCUGAAGGCGAAGAAGGAGGAUGAAGCCAAGGCGCCGACGGAGAAGGAGACGGAUGGGGCGGAACGAAAGGGGGACGAGGACGCGAAGGGGGCCGGGGGAAUCGACGGGGAGGCCGAGCCCGAGGCCGAGCCCGAGGCCGAGCCCGAGCCCGAGCUCGCCGAGACCGCCGCGGAACCCCCGACCGAGACGGUCGAGACGCGCGCCGAGACGCCGAGGAGCCUGGGCCAGGCGGAGGCUGCGCGGCGCGCGCUCGCCUCCGUCGCCGCCCCCUCCGACUCCGCCGCCGACUCCGGCGACUCCGGCUCCGUCCCGACCGCCUCGGCCGAAUCGAUCAGAGAGGCGCUCAACGAAGGGCUCGCGCUCCUCCGACGCGCGAGGGACGCCGCACGCGACGCGGGGGACUCACCCGCCGCCAUGGUCGACGCCGACGACGAGCUCGCGGCGGCGGUGACGGCGCUUCGACGCGCGUCGGCACUCGCGGAUGCCGCCGCCGGCGAGUCACCGGGUGACGAGUCACCGGGUGGCGAGUCCUCGUCGCCGGGGGGUUCGUCUCGUUCGUCCUCGUCACCCGCGGCGGCGGCGGCGGCGGGUAACCUCGCCAACGCGCUGCUCGCGCGCGGCAGGCUCCAGCGCCGCCUCGCCAACGCCGCCGCGAGGGAGGAGGCCAGGGCGAGGAGUGCGGGGAUCCGAGCGGGCGUCGAGGGCGCGGUGGAUUUCCACGCCGAACUCGCCGAGGAGUUUUUGGUGCUCGCGGGUCGAUCGUUUCGCAGGGCGCUCGUCGCCGGGAGCGACGGGCCGGGUAUCGAACCGGCGAGCUCACCGGGGGCGACCAGGGCGCUCACCGGCUGGGGCGCGGCGUUGGCGCUGCGGGGGCGCAUGGUGUUCGAGGCGGGUGACCCGGAGUCGUCCGCGGAAGCCGCCGCGCUCGCGCUGGCGGCUUCCGAAAAGUACAGAGCCGCGCUGGAAACGCCGUUCGCGACGGACCCGUCGUCCGGUUUCGAUGGCGCGCAGCGCGCGGGGACGCUCAUGGACUGGGGCGACGCCCUGCGCCUCGCGGGCGAGGCGACGCGGGACGCGGAGGGCGGUUUCGGUCGGUCGGGAGACGGCUCCGGAGGUAUCGCCGGAGGAUUGGAAUUUUUCGAGCAGGCGGCGCGGGUCUUCUCGGAGGCGGCGCGUCUCGACCCGGCCGGGUGCGGCGCCGAGGCGAAUCGGCUGGCGGCGGCGUGCGAGGAUGCGAUGUACGAGGCGAGCGGGGACGGCGGGGAUGGGGACGACGGGCGGGACGGCGGGUGGGCGCCAGCGAGGGGCGGGGAUCCUCCGCCGUCACCUUUCCCACCCUACGAGCCGUGGCGGUAA